CACACUCACACUCGCAUGCUCUCUCUCUCUCUCUCUCUCUCUCUCUCUCUCUCUCUCUCUCUCUCUCUCUCUCUCUCUCUCUCUCUCUCUCUCUCUCUCUCUCUCUCUCUCUCUCUCUCUCUCUCUCUCUCAGGAGGGGGUGAGGGAGUGCUGAAGCAUCUAAAAGGCACUGGGAGGAGCAGGAGCUCCAUUAGACAGAACUUUCUCCUCUGUGAGCCAGCCUCCUGUUGGGAGAGAACGAUCCAGACAAACCUCCUCACAUCCAGAACACCGCUCCGGUCCGGUUCUGCUCACCCUGGUCCUGCGGGUCAAGUGUCUGGUUCAAUACCUCAGAACAAGAGAUCCGUGAAGAUGCCGCUGCCUUUUGUCAUCCUUCAGCUGCUUCUGGCUCCAGCAUUCACGGUGUCCAGUGGGGAUCACUGGGACUCGUGGGGUCCGUAUGGUGAAUGCAGCCGCAGCUGUGGCACCGGUGUGACCGCCAGAACCAGACGCUGCAUCACUCAGAGGACCGAUGGAGGACAUAGCUGCGUGGGACCAGACACGUCGUACCGCUCCUGUAACAUCCAGGAUUGUCCAGAGGGAUCCAAGGAUUUCCGGGAAGAACAGUGCUCCCAGUUUGAUGGGACGGACUUCCAGGGAAAACACUACAACUGGGUGCCAUAUUACAGAGCGGAGAACCCUUGUGAGCUGAACUGCAUGCCGAGAGGUGAGAACUUUUACUACCGCCACCGCAGCGCUGUGGCUGAUGGGACAGCAUGUCACCCAGGACGGAGGGACAUCUGCGUGGGCGGAGUCUGUCAGCGUCUGGGCUGUGACAACAUGCUGGAGUCUCCCCAGCAGGAGGACCCCUGCCUGCAGUGUGGGGGGAACGGCCAGUCCUGUCACCAGGUGAAGAACAGCUUCACCGUUCGCGACCUGCCGACUGGCUACAACCAGAUGUUUGUCAUCCCCGUUGGAGCUACCAGCAUCAGCAUCAGAGAGGCCGUGGCCACGCGGAACUACAUCGCUAUGAAGAACCUGCAUGGAGAUUACUACCUGAAUGGUAACUGGAUGAUUGAGUUUUCCAGAGCCACGCCCAUCGGUGGCACCCUGCUCUACUACCAGCGAGGAGCUGAGGGCGACAGCGUGCCUGAAACCAUCAUCGGCCGCGGCCCCACUACCGAACCACUUGUUGUUGAGCUGAUCAGCCAGGAACCCAACCAAGGGGUGGAAUAUGAGUACUACCUCCCAAACGGGCAGUCCAGACAAGGCCACUACUGGAGCUACGGGGCAUGGUCUGCUUGCAGUAAAGAGUGUGGCUCAGGCUUCCAGUCCCGGUUGGUCUUCUGCACCGUUGACACCGAGGUCUAUCCAGACCACCUUUGUGCUUCUCUGCAGAGGCCGCAGUCAAACCGGACGUGCAACCCCCAUCAGUGCCCACAGACCCACAGCUGGAGGAUCGGGGAGUGGAACGCCUGCUCAGUAACCUGUGGUGGCGGCUCUCAGGUGCGCGUUGUGCAGUGUGUGUCCCAUGAUGCCUUGGGGCCCCGUGUGGUGGAGGACGCCGUGUGUGCUGCCUACAGCGAUGCUCCUCCUUCACUGCAGACGUGCAACAUGCACAAAUGUGCCGAGUACCGCGUGACCGGAUGGAGCGCGUGUUCAGUGACCUGUGGUUCUGGAGAGCAGACCAGGAAGGUGACCUGUGUUGGGUCAGGUGGGACGACGCUGCAGGAAGCUUCCUGCAGGACUCUGCUGCGUCCGCCCACCCGGCAGCCGUGUGAGAUGUCCGCCUGUCCCAAACACGUCAGCUGGCAUGUGGGAGCGUGGGGACUGUGCUCUAAGAGCUGUGGUUCUGGCUCCAGAGAGCGUCAGGUGAUCUGUUCAGACCAGAAGAGGAUCCUGUCCCCUGUGGACCAGUGUAACACACACCAUAAACCCGCUACUAUGGAGCGCUGCAACACCCAGCGCUGCUCCAGUCCACAGGCUGUCCCCAGCAUCCAGGACCCACGGGGACAUGACAGCUCCCAGACUAGCUUCCAGCCCCAUGUCCCGGACCAGACCCCAGCCCCCAGGCCACAGACCAGAGGUCCCACCCAGACAGGCACCGUCUUCGACCCUCACCGCUCUGCCCCAGCUCUCCACUGCAGCCAGACCCAUUUUGGCUGCUGCUCAGAUGGGCGCACUCCCGCCAAGGGGCCCCGAGGUCUGGGCUGUCCACAAGCUCUACCAUCCUGCAUCCAGACCAGCUAUGGGUGCUGCCAAGAUGGUGUGACGGCCGCUCGGGGCCCCAAUAAGGAGGGCUGCAGCGAGUAUGUGGCCCCCCCACCCACGGUUGCUCCUCUUCCUACUGAGAACGCCGUGGAGUGUCGCACCACCACCUACGGGUGUUGCUACGACCGAACCACACCUGCAGGAGGACCCAAUGGGGAGGGAUGCCCCAACCCACCAAACCACAUUGAGCGCUCUAUCUGCUCCCUGCCCCGGGCUGCCGGCUCCUGCAGCAGCUGGGUAUCACGCUACCACUUCAAUGUCAUCUCCUCCAAGUGUGCCCACUUCUGGUAUGGAGGUUGCCACGGCAACAGCAACAACUUCUUAACCAUGGCGGAGUGCCAGAGGGCAUGUCAGGUGCCGGCUCCCAGCCAGCAGCAUACAAGGUCUUUCGGCCCUGCCGGAAAGUCUGCCUCCGCCAGGGAAACCUCUCCUGGAAGGACCUCCUCAAAGGGAGCAGCACCUCCCUCUGGAGGCGGUGGGCAGUCACACAGCAUGGGGGGCACUGUGAAGGGUGGCUCACAUGGCAGCUCUGGCAGACAGGCCUCAAGCGCCGCCACACAUGCUCACAGUGGUCGGCUGUAUCUCCGUGCACGCCGACCUGCUGCUGCCACAGCGGCCCAGCAGAUCGGCCCAGCUGCAAGUCUGACCCUGGGGGGCGUGAGCAUCGAUAAGAGCGACCCCAACUCGGUGGAAGCUUUAGCAGGUCAGACCAUCGUGCUGCCCUGCAGAGUCAGUCCUCCACCUUCGUCCACCAUCGCUGUGGAGUGGAGAAGAGAUGGUGUCCCUCUGUCGACACACAGGCAUCACCAGCAGCCCAACGGUUCCCUGUUGGUCGGUCCUGUUAUGAAGUCAGACUCUGGUUGGUUCCUGUGCAUGGCCACUCGACAACGAGAGAGAGAUCACCGCUACAUCUACCUGUCUGUCUCAGAGGGACCGUCUGAGCUUGCUCCAACUUCACUGCCGAAACAUGUCCAGUCCCCGAAAUUCAGCAUUGAGCACUCAAGCUCCUCAUCGGUGGAGAUGAGAACAGGACAAACUGCUAGACUUCCAUGCGCCAUCAUUCCUCCUUCAGCCUUGGACUCUGUCAGCAUUCAGUGGACCAAAGAUGGACGUACACUCAGUGAUUCCAGAUCAAUCCAGCAUUCUGACGGCACUCUGACCAUCGGCCCUCUGAAAUCAGACGACUCAGGUGUCUACACAUGCACUGCUGCUAGUCUGCACCAGCUGGAACAGAGGCAGCUGCAGCUCAGAGUGCAAGACCUGCAGAUCACCACAGCUCCCAACAACAUUCGGGUACCUGAAGGCAGCACGGCUCUGCUUCCCUGUGUAGUAUCUGGAGACAACGUCAGCGUAGGCUGGUCUAGAAAUGGUGUUCCUGUGCGUCCAGAUGGGCGUGACAUCCUGCUGUCGUCUGAUGGUGGUCUGAUCCUAAACAAGGUGAAAGCCUCCGAUGAGGGAUCCUACACCUGUAACGCAUACACGGGGAUCUACUCUGUCAGCGCCACAGCUGAAGUCAGAGUCAUUAAAGACUCACUACAGGGUGAAGAUGUUUCUCCAGACUGUGUGGACCAGAACGAGCUUGCUAACUGUAAGCUGAUCGUUUACGCCCGUCUGUGCACCAACCAGUACUACUCCAGUUUCUGCUGUGCCAGCUGCACCAAGCACUCACAGAAGAGCAGCAGGUUUGGUCGGCAGGCAUUUCCUAAACCUCUGCCUAAAGGACUCAGAACACUGACGGGGUAGUUCUGUUGAAAAAGGGAUGGCUUAGGAGAGAUGAUUGGUCAGAUGGGAGAACUUAAAACACAAGAUGAACUUUGCUGAAUGUCAAGGAGAUGAAGACCAGUGACCUACCUACUGAAACAUUGUUCUCUGUUUUCUAGAGAAACAUCAUGAUUUACCUGCUUGCAGGGCCGUUUCAAGGCAUUUAGGGCCCAAGGCAAAAGGACGAGGAGCCCCCCCCCCCCCCCCCCCCCCCCCGUCCGAUUCAUACAUUUAAAGAUUUAAAGGGGCAGCCCACUGAGCUUGCUCAGUUUGUUCUAGCAUUUACUUCAUAGAGAGAUUGUCUGGGACCCUGGCCAGCUCGGGGCCCAAGGCCCAAGGUGUUUACCUGCCUUUUUUGCACUGAGCCUGCCUGGGGGAAAAAAAGGAUGAACUUUUUGGCUGUUUUUCUGUCAGAGCUGCUUUUUUAUGUUCCUGUGUGAUAAACACGGCACAUAUUUAAUUAUGGACUAAUGUCCUGAUUUUUAUUGCUUUUUAAUAAAAGUCAUUGAUAAUAAAAGGAACAUUCUGACAAAACCUGCA